AGAAAAACGCCCUUAUGUAUUUCAGCCUUUAGUACCUAUGCUAGUCAUUGCAUUUGUCAAAAAACUGUCAACGCAUUGUUAAAAUAUCAUAUCGGCAUCAAUUAUGAAAUACCGUACAUUGUUAUUUGGCGAAUUGGGUCCUAAUAUGGCCCUAGUUUACGUUUACACUACCCUGUUACUUUUUGCAGUACUAACCAGUCAGCUAGCGGUAUAUCUUACAACAUGCAAUCCUUGCCAACUUCCAGAUUUAGAAGGGUACUGGUCAAGACUCCCUUGGAUUUGGCAGUUUCGAUCGGAGGAGCAGCCGGUUUGUUCAUAGGAGCUUCUCUUUUAUCCUUCGUGGAAGCUUUUUAUUUAUUCUUUAUUAGAAUUUAAUAUUAAUUUGUUUUGAGUUAUUAAAACAAUUUGUGUAGGCUAUUAUUAAAUUGUUUAAAAAUUA